GGUGGCAGCCACAGAACAAAGCCAGCAGAGACUCCUUCAGCACCUCCCUUUCUCCCCAUUGUCCCAGACACAGCUGCCCCUGUCUCUGGGCAUCAUCCUGGGGGAAGGAGAAAAUGAAGUGGAAGGCAUUCGUUCUAGCAGCCAUCCUUCAGGUCCAGUUCUCAGGCUCAGAGGCACAGAGCUUUGGUCUGCUGGAUCCCAAACUCUGCUACCUGCUGGAUGGAAUCCUCUUCAUCUAUGGAGUCAUUGUCACUGCCCUGUUCCUGAGAGCAAAGUUCAGCAGGAGUGCAGAUGCUGCCGCCUACCAGCAAGGCCCCAACCAGCUCUACAACGAGCUCAAUCUAGGACGAAGAGAGGAAUAUGAUGUUUUGGACAAGAGGCGGGCUCGGGAUCCUGAGAUGGGGGGCCAACAGCAGAGGAGGAGGAACCCCCAGGAAGGUGUGUACAAUGCACUGCAAAAGGACAAGAUGGCAGAGGCCUACAGUGAGAUUGGCACGAAAGGCGAGCGGCGGAGAGGCAAGGGGCAUGAUGGCCUUUACCAGGGGCUCAGUGCCGCCACCAAGGAUACCUAUGAUGCCCUGCACAUGCAGACCCUUCCCCCUCGCUAACAGCUAGGGGAUUUCCCACUCAUGGGCCUGACCUGCUGAUGCUGAUUGUGAAGGACACAGCAUAGAGCAUUUAAACUCGAAUAUUCGUUUCAUAGCCACCUUUUUAUGAAGACGAUGCUUCAAGUUGUCAUAUUUUGGUCUUCUCCAAUUCCAAAGUAUCAUGCACAGGAUGGCAUUCUUGGACUCAUUAAAGAGAGUAUUCUCCUCCCCUCCCCCAACCCUGUUCUUUGGUCUUCUGGUGACUGUAGGGAGGCCCUUCUCCCUGCAAUGCCAAGUCCUGGCCAGCAGACUAGCAUUUUCCCUCUCAUGGCCGAGUUGUUCAGUCUGUUUGUAAAGUCCCUAGAGAAGCACACAGGCUGUCUAUAUUAUUCUAUUAAUAUUGACUGCCUUCAUCCCUGCUGUAAAUUUGGCUUUUGUUGUCAGUCUUUCCCUGUGUCAAGAUAACUUGUAAUUAGGCCACACUGUGAAAGGGCUGGGCAGAGGGGUGGAUGGGAGUCCAGGCAAGUGUCAGGCAGAGGGGUCACAGAAGGGAAGCAGCAGAGAAUGUCCCCAGCACAGGAAGCAGUUCCGAGAGGGCUCUAUCUUUCAGGCAUACUUUCCACACCAUGAAACCAGUGUGCCAGGCAUUCCAGGGAUGGAAAGAUGCCUUACCCUAAUGGAGCUCAUGGUCUUAGAGGGCAAAUGAAUUGUGUACAAACUGGUACCGAGAACAGGCUAUGUCGUCACAAGGAAUGAACAAAGUGAAAGGGGUGCAAGAAAAGGGAGCAGGUCCUGCCUUCUUCUCAGGAACUUAGUUCAUCUCUUUUGAGUGGCAGGAAGACCUGAAGAAGGGUGUCCUGCAGUGCUCCCACAGCAAUGGCACAAUGGAAGAACCUGUCCAGUGGACUGUAGCUACAUGGCAUAAUUAAAGCACCUGUGACCAUGGGUGGGGAACCCUCUGCUCUC